AUCGAUGUCUCAAGGAAGUAGACUUAGCGAAUAAUUUCGAUAUUAAUCAAUUUUUAAAUAGUAUCUAACCUGGAAAACUUUUUUGCUUCGACUUUUUACUUUGAGGGGAUUUUGUGAAAUGGGUAAUGCUGGCUUGUUUAAAACUGCUCAACCUAUUUUCUCUCUGAAAGCUAUCGAUAACAGUUAUAUCAAAGGAUGUAUUCUCACCGGAUUGAAGGAAAAGUAUACGGGAAAUUUGACGUCAGGGAAAAUAUUGGAGAACAAGAUUGUGAACUUUCUUAUAGAAGAAACUUGUGCCACAAAUCAGAUUGCUUGCGAAAUAGCGAUUAAAAAGAUGGGGGCCAUAAUGAACAUUGUUUACCAUCCUAUGUUGUUUUGCAGGAACGACCGACCACUAUAUAAUGUGGCUGGGAUAUUAGGGGCGCAAAGUGACUUGGUCUUAUUAUCUUCAACUUCUUUAUUUUGUCUAAAGAAGUUAACGUCCUUAUCUUCUUCGCCAUCACUGAACAUCUUAAAUUGUGCCCAAUGUCCUUCCUUAUCUUUUGCAGCUAUGAUGUGUAUAUAUGAGCGUUUUAGAAGGUUUGAAAAUUUAAAUGUCUCACUCAUUGGGCGACCUUAUCCCUACUUCAACUCGUUGCUCCUUCUGCUACCCAGGCUUAAUGUCAAUGCGAGGAUAUUAACAGGAAUAACAGAGAAUUCCCGGAUUUCUCCACGUUAUUUCGCCGUUGCUCAAGAUUUCGCCAUUCAAGCCGGCAGAGAGAUCCUAGAUUGCAGGUCUCUAGCGGAAGCUCUAGAUGGAGCGAAUGUAGUUAUGGUUUCGCAGAAUAUAUGGGAUGGCUUCAAACUUUACAUGGAGGAUAUCCAAAAGUAUUGUGACAAGGAUUGGUGUUUCUUUCACGAUCCUUUCGAUGGUUCUUUAUUUGAUUGUGACUUAUUUGGUCAUGAGAACACAAUGAGCUUUAAAUUGAUUGAAAAUCUUAGAUGGGCUUAUUUUACAAUCAUUCUUGAAGUAUUUCGAAUGAGAUUUCCAGAGUGUGCGGAGAAGAUAGCUAAGUUGCAGUGUAAGGAAGAAGCUUCUUUUAAAUAAAAAAAAUAUAAAAU